GCCGCGUUUUGCUGAAACCAUAGGAAUGCGACACACUUUGUAUUUACAGACCAAAGCUGCAGCACUUUUAUAUAUAAAUACAUAUACAUAUAUUUUAAACGCCAACAGUCGUUAUCUGUCACCGGGUCCGCUUCAGGCUUUUUUUUUUUUAAUGACGACGUAACGACGGUUUAAUUUCUUUCACGGAAACAACUUUGUUGCUGCAGGGAGUCUUUUUUUUCCCCCCUUCGUCCUCAGCUGCGUUUCCGACAUGAGAUCAGGUGGAUAGUGUGGUACCGUACCUGUGACUAAAAGUCUGAUGCUAGGCUACAGCUGCCACAGCCGCCAUCAUGUUCACCAAAAAGAAGAAGUCUCGUAUCCAGAUCUCCGCUCCAUCCAACUUUGAGCAUCGCGUACAUACAGACUUUGACGAGCAUGAGCAGAAGUUUGUCGGGUUGCCGCGGCAAUGGCAGUCGCUCAUCGAAGACACAGCCAAAAGGCCCAAACCCUUCAUCGAUGUGACUGUCAUCACUACUGUAGAGCCACGCAAGACAAUUGUACGAGGCAGCAAGCUUGGAGUGGAUGGCUCUCUGACCUGGCUGUUGGAUGAAUUUGACACAAUGUCUGUGACUCGCUCCAACUCCCUGCGACGAGGCAGCCCUCCCACCCAGCCUCGCAAGGACUCUAGCUCUUCAGGAGGAGGAGGGCAGGAGAACGGAGAUCCUCACCACAGACACUACUCACUCUCAGACAGAGACCGACCCAGACCAGACCUCCAAAAGAGUGGAGGGGACCCCCGCCAGAGUCAGCAUGAGCACCGUCCUCCUCAGUGGGACGAGGGAGUCCAGGGUCGGCCCCAGCAGCAACCCCGGGGCCAAGAGCCCAGCAGGGCCCACAAGGACAGACCAGGCUCCGUCCCUCCUCCUCCUCCCCCUCACAGAGACAGAGAGCCUCGUGACCGGGGCCAGGUGGAUCAACCCAGUGACCACAGGCCAAAGUCCAGCUACAUUGUGCGGGAUGGCAGCCCUCAGUCUCCCAGGGACAAGAGGCCUCUCUCUGGGCCCAACAUCCGCACCCCAAAUCUGCCAGUAACAGAGGGGGUGAUGAAGACUGCCCAACAGACCACACGGCCGUUUAACACCUACCCAAGGACGGACAGCGAGGGAGGACGCAGUCCCACAGGACAGCCGGUUCGACACCAUGAAUCCUCUCCUCAAAACGGGCCCUCUAGUGGCUCCAGCCGAGGUUCCUCCAGCUCCAAGCCCCCUAUAAGCCACCCACACCCUCAUCACACUUCCCACCCCAUUCUGACCCCUGAGGCCACACAGCACCCACACACCCCUCACCCCAGCGUUCCAGCCCCGCGACCCCCGGUGCCCUCUGGGCCCCCAGCGUCAGUUGCGCCGACCCAGGGCCGCUCACCGCAAAGGGAGCCCCAGAGGGUUUCCCAUGAGCAGUUUAGAGCGGCACUACAGAUGGUGGUGGAUCCUGGGGAUCCACGGACCUACCUGGACCACUACAUUAAGAUAGGGGAGGGGUCCACAGGGAUCGUGUGUAUCGCCACAGUGAAGACCACCGGGAAACUGGUCGCUGUGAAGAAGAUGGACCUGAGGAAACAACAGCGCAGAGAACUCCUCUUCAAUGAGGUUGUGAUCAUGCGGGACUAUCACCAUGAGAACGUGGUGGAGAUGUACAACAGCUACUUGGUGGGAGACGAGCUCUGGGUCGUCAUGGAGUUCCUGGAGGGAGGAGCUCUCACUGACAUCGUGACACACACCAGGAUGAACGAGGAGCAGAUAGCCACGGUGUGUCUGUCUGUCCUGAAGGCGUUGUCUGUCCUCCACACACAGGGUGUGAUCCACAGAGACAUCAAGAGUGACUCCAUCCUCCUCACUCACGAUGGCCGCGUGAAGCUGUCGGACUUUGGUUUCUGUGCCCAGGUGUCUAAGGAAGUGCAAAGAAGGAAGUCUCUGGUGGGAACACCAUACUGGAUGGCACCAGAGCUCAUAUCCAGACUGCCUUAUGGACCAGAGGUGGACAUCUGGUCUCUGGGUAUCAUGGUAAUAGAGAUGGUGGACGGGGAGCCGCCGUACUUCAACGAGCCGCCGCUCAAAGCCAUGAAAAUGAUCCGAGACAACCUGCCUCCCAAACUGAAGAACCUGCACAAGGUCUCCCCUCUGCUCAAGGGCUUCCUGGACAGGAUGUUGGUGCGGGACCCGGCUCAGAGGGCCUCGGCCAGCGAGCUUCUCAAACACCCCUUCCUGACGAAGGCGGGUCCGCCGUCCUGCAUCGUCCCACUGAUGAGGCAGAACAGGAUGAGAUGAGACAUGUAACAAUAAGAUCUCCAGACUGUGGAGGCCAGCGUGUGCAGGUUCAGAUGGAAUAGAAUACUCCUGCACACAGAGAGGCGGCCCUAAGAGGUCAGAGGUCAUAGAUGAGAGGUGUGUGUUUCGGGCAAAACUCUCAGAAAGAGCUGUGAGCUGCAAAGUGCGAAGCAGGUGUGCAGGAGUAUUCUUUUUUUCUUAUGUGAAUCACUGAACUCUGGGGAGUGUUCUCCCUUAAUAAGAGGCAAUAAGGCUGUGUGUGUGUGUGUGUGUGUGUGUGUGUGUGUGUGUGUGUGUGUGUAAGUAAACAUGUUGGCAACACUGUUAUUGACAGUGUUUCAUGGCAUGUGUGGGAGAAGAGAACACAACUUGCCCUGUCGAGUGAUUUUAGCCAAUUUCAUAUGAACAUUUUGUUUUAAUUGAAUACCUGGAAAGAUUGUUGCUGUUUUUAUAUUUCCAUUUGGACCUCGACUGGAUUUUAAGCGUGAAGGUGGGGUUUUGCACACCAAAUGGAUGCUUUUGAAGGAGCCGUGAGCCCAUUGGCUGAGAGUGGCGGAGCGACAUUUUAAUCCCACUCUUUGACGGUUUGGAAGCCGAAUUUUCUCACUACAAAGACUUGUCCCGCGGACAGAUCCAAGACUUGGACGCUAUCCUCAUCACAGCCAGAACUUACUACUGAGGGAGGAAGUCUUUUGACUCCGAAAUGAGUCGGACGGACUUUAUUUUGUAGCCAUAUAAAUACUAGCUUCCUGUUGUAAACAAGCAAACAUACACAUACACUAAGUCAAAAGGUAAACACUGGAGUUGUGGUCUUUUUAACAAAUGAAUUUUCUCUUAUUUCCUCCUUAUUUUCCUGUGUAAGUACAAUGAACAUAGAGAGAUAUAUAUCAGUUUGAUGUUUUGCUAUCUCUAUUUUGUGAUUGUUUUAUUAUAAUUAUUAUGAUGAUG